AUUUCGUCCCUGGAAGCCAAUGCUUGCGAUUGCGAACGAGCUGCGUCAAGGCGGCGCGCCUGCCCUCAAGGCCGUCCAGCGGCUGGUGCAGUCCGAGUACAUUGAGACGGCGCUCGCCCCGGCGCUGAUCGAGCUCGUGCGCGAUGCAAAGACGGAGCUGCCGCUGCGUGUGCCCUCCUUCUUGGCGCUCGCCAAGCUCUGCAACAACAGCGACCUCGACCUGCACCCGGCAGAUACAAUCGACCCGGCGCAGCUGGCGCUCACCGUCGCGGAGCAGCUCGACCACAGUGACAUUCGCAUGCAGGCGGCGGCCACGCUCGCGCUCUCCAACCUCACGACGCACCAGCUCGCUCUCGACGAGCCCGUGUUGCAGCAAGUCAUCAAGUCCCUCGAAACGACGAUCGAGCACGAAGGCAUCCAGCGUGCCGUGCUGGGCUACCUUGGAAACGCCGCCGCCUCCGCCGACGCGCGCCAAGUGCUCAUCAACGAGACCAACUGCAUCGAACAGCUCUCGGAGCUCACACAAGCUGGCCGAGGCGAACCGGUGCGGGGCGCGGCCGCCUUUACCAUGGGCAACCUGCUCUCGGGUCGCGACGUCCACGCACAGAACAUGUUGCGCGAGGUGGAUGGUCUUCCCAGCUUGAUUCUGCUCUUGUCGCCGGCGUACACGGAAGAUACGAACGAGUGCUCGGCCUGGGCCAUUAGCCAUGGCGUGCACCGCAACACGCUCAACCAGGAUCUGGUCGGCGAAGCGGGUGGCAUCGGCCUGCUCCUUCACCACUUGGUGUCUCCGAACGAUGAUCUGCGCCGGAAUGCGAUUUUGGCCUUGUACAGCAGCGCUGUCGCCCAUGCCGACAACAUUGACCGCGUCAAGCGCGGGGAAGGCGAGAUGCUCGUGGAACAACUCCUCACGGACGAGAGCCCCGAGUGCCGCGAGUACGCGACGUUGCUGUUGCAGGAAUUUUAGACCCCACAAGAGAGAUG